AUGAGCAGCUAUGAGCAGAACCAGUUAAUCUUUCUUAUUAUUUAAAUUAGUUUCAAGGAAACUCCACUACACUCUGUGUAUUUCAGAGAAACUAUUCUGUCUGUGUCAGUGUGAGCAGUGAAAUGGCUGAAGGUGGAGGACUCCAAGCUGCUCCUCCUGCUCACUGUUACGCUGGACCUGGAGACGUGGCGUGUGAUGUCUGCACUGGGAGAAAGAGCAAAGCCAUCAAGUCCUGUCUGGUGUGUCUGGCCUCUUAUUGUGAAACUCACCUCCAGCCUCACUAUGAAUCUCCUGCCUUUAAGAAGCACAAACUGGUCAAAGCCACAGGAAACCUGCAGGAGAAGAUCUGCUCUCAUCAUGACGAACCGCUGAAGAUUUACUGUUGUACCGAUCAGCAGUGUAUCUGUUAUCUGUGUACAAUGGAUGAACACAGAGGCCAUGAUACAGUCUCAGCUGCAGCAGAAAGGACUGAGAAACAGAAGCAGCUGGGGGCGACACAGAGUAAAUUCCAGCAGAGAAUCCAGGAGAGAGAGAAGGAGCUGCAGGAUCUGAGACAGGCUGUGCAGUCACUCAAGCGCUCUGCACAGGCAGCAGUGGAGGACAGUGAGAAGAUCUUUACUGAGAUGAUCCGCUCCAUUGAGAGAAGGUGCUCUGAGGUGAAAGAGCUGAUCAGAGAUCAGGAGAAGGCUGAAGUGAGUUGGGCUGAAGGACUCCUGGAGCGACUGGAGCAGGAGAUUGCUGAGCUGAGGAGGAGAGACGCUGAGCUGGAGCAGCUUUCACACACAGAGGAUCACAUCCAUUUCCUCCAGAGCUGUCAGUCUCUCUGUGUCCCUCCUGGACCUGGAGAAAUACCCAGCAUCACUGUCAGUCCACAUGCCUCUUUUGAGCCUGUGAGGAAAUCUGUCUCUGUACUGAAAGAGCAACUGGAGGAUGUUUUCAAGGCGGAGUUGGUCAAAGUUUCUGUAAAAGUGGGAAGAGUCCAUAUUGUUGGCCCUGAAGAGCCCAAGACCAGAGAGGACUUCUUACAAUAUUCCUGUCAGCUCACACUGGACCCCAACACAGCGCAUCACAAGCUCCGUCUGUCUGAGGGGAACAGAGAGGUGACCAGUGUGAGAGAGGUCCUGUCAUGUCCUGAUCAUUCAGAGAGAUUUGACUACUGGUGGCAGGUGCUGUGCAGAGAGGGUCUGUCUGGACGCUGUUACUGGGAGGCUGAGUGGAGUGGAGGUGGGGUUUCUAUAGCACUGACAUAUAAAGACAUCAGCAGGAAAGGGAUGGGUUAUUACGCUGCUCUGGGAGGUAAUAACAAGUCCUGGAGAUUGUACUGCUCUCCCUCCAGUUGCUCAUUCUACCACAAUAACAGCAAAACUAAAAUCCCUGUUCAUCCCUCCUCCUCCAGAAUAGGAGUGUACCUGGAUCACAGGGCAGGAACUCUGUCCUUCUACAGCGUCUCUGACACAAUGACCCUCCUGCACAGAGUCCAGAUCACAUCCACUCAGCCCCUCUAUCCUGGGUUUAUGUUUGAUUACUAUGGAUCCUCUGUAAAACUUUGUGAUCUGGGUUGAAUCAGAAAGUGAAGGGAAGAUCAGCUGUAAUUAAAGAGAUGGAAAAACAGUGAAAUGAGAUAGAAAAUGAAUUAAAUGAAAUAUUGGGCUGGCUCAUUACACCAAGGGCCGAGUUUUACCUUGAUAUGCAGCUUCACAAACCUGAUUUAAUAAAAUUUGGUGAUCCAUUUUGAUGAUUUAUGAUUUAUUUAUUUUUGAGACGCCUUUAGAAGUAUUCCUGAAUCCAUCCAGUCUUUCAGAACACAGUUAAAACCUGUCUGUUUAGGAAGGCCUAUAAAACUGGUCAUCACACAUAGCAUUUCUCUGCUCAUUGGGGGUUCUCCUCCCUGCUGGUUCCUUGUAAAUUAUUUUUCUAGCUUGCUCUUGUUUUUAGUAUUGCUUUUAAUGUUGCUUCUUGUCUUGUUAUUAAUCUUUUUUUUAAAUGAUUAUUUGAGAAAUAUUUGUACUGUACAAUGCUUUGAGCUUUGCAAAAAAACGCUUCACAAAUAAAUGUGUCAUUAUUAAUAUUAAAUGUAUUUUCUUGCUUGAAAGUGGCAAUCUACGUUUUCCUCGGUUAUGGUAGAUUGAUCGCCCCCCAUGGUGACUGGUGGUCAUAACGGGUCUCUUCUACACUUCAUUUCCCAGAGUUCCCUGCUCUCAUACAGCCUUCUCACACCUUUCCUUCCAUUCUGAACUAUGACAAAGAGCACAUUGAAAAGACUGCCUGGAGACAACUAACAAUGUUGUCUGACUAUAAUAUUGAGUAAUAUAUGAAAAACUGUUUUAAAGAUGCUUUUAACAAAAUUGAAAAUAAAUUAUUUUUGAAAAGUGA